AUGUCUUUUUCCAAACUGCAAGUGUAUAAGGAAUUGAGGCAUAAUAAAUUCCUGGUAGAUUCAGCAUUGAGCCUACUUCUAUGUUUUCUGAUAACUAUACCUGCUUUUGAGAACAAUCUCUCAGCUGGUACACUUGUAGCAGAAAUACCUAAUAAAUCACGCGUUAUUUUUGACAGGGAUGAUAAAAAUUCAUCAUUGCUGUCACUAGAGGAAGAUGCACAUUUAGUUUCAGAUAUAGGUAAUGAAGAUGAUGGAUUACAAUUUGAAUUUGACAUAUCCAUCACUUUUUGUUCGGACGAUUCUUUUAAUUAUGUUCCCCAUUCGCUUCUUGUAUUUGAAAGUAGAGUUCUGGCAAGUAUAAAUUUAGUUUCAAAGCAGCUGCAAAGUUCAACUUUUGAUAUUGGACGAGCAUGUGAUCUAAUCCGUUAUGCAAAACAAAAUACAUUAGGCCUGACAGAAAAUUUUAAUGAUUAUGAGAAGGAAGCCUGCAAUUUGGCAAAAUCUUGGGACAUUGAACCAAAACUGACAUCGAAACGACAAAAGAAAAUCAAGAUGUUUUUUGAUGAACUUGUAGCUGACUCCCGAAUAGAAGAUUCCUUGAGAAGAUUCCAAAUUCAAAUAUUUAAUGAAUCUUUAGAUAUAAUAAUUAAUCAACUAACAAUACGAUAUAUCAGCAUGAAAGAAGUCAUGAAGCAUUUUUCGUUUCUAACUCCUGCCCUGUUUGUUGAACUAACUAAUGAUAAAAUCGUUCGAUAUUCCGAUAGAUUAUUGCGCAAAUAUGAAUCUGAUUUUCCUAAAAGUUUAGCUGCAGAAUUAAGAUUCAAGGCCGACUUUUCAUAUAAAAUUCGAAACAAGAAAACCAAGAAAACCACGAAUUAG